AUGUAUAUUACCUGCAUUUUGGGGAAUUCAUUUAUAAUUACUGCAGCUGUGUUAAAUCAAUCUCUCCACACCCCCAUGUACUUUUUCCUUGGCAAUCUCUCGUUCCUGGAUAUCUGUUACAUCUCUGUGACUGUGCCAAAAAUGCUAGCAGGUCUUUGGGUUCAUUGUCCCAUAAUUUCCUUGGCAGAUUGUGCAGCCCAGCUUUAUUUCCUUGUUGCCUUAAUUGGCACUGAAGGAUUCCUACUGGCCUCCAUGGCUCUGGACCGCUAUUUUGCUAUAUGCCGCCCUUUGGUCUAUACCAGACUCAUGAAUAAAUACACCUGUCUCCAGCUAGCGACCAUGUCUUGGGUCUGUGGUUUUGUGAAUGCUUCUCUCCAUGCAACACUCACAUUCCAUUUGUCUUUCUGCCAAUCUAAUAGGAUUAGUCACUUUUUCUGUGACAUCCCUCCACUAUUGAGUAUCUCAUGUUCUGACAUAUCAUUUAACGAAGUUGCCCUUUUCACAUCAGGCAUAUUUAUAGGCCUUAGUCCUUUCUUCUUUACGUUGGUCACCUAUGUAUUCAUCCUUCAUGCUAUUAUGAGCAACCAUCACAAAAGGCAGCAUCACAAAGCCAUUUCUACUUGUGCAUCUCACCUUCUAGUUGUGAUACUGUUUUAUGGUUCUGGUAUCUUCACAUAUUUCCGUCCCACGUCUACCUAUUCACUUGAAAAAGAUCAGCUUGUAGGGGUUUUAUAUAAUAUUUUAACCCCAACACUCAAUCCCAUAAUCUACAGUCUACGGAACAAGGAAGUGAAACUGGCUCUGAAGAAAUUGAUAAGUCUGAAGAAAUUGGCCCAUGGCAGUUAG